UCAUGUGUAUGAUCACAUAUCUAUAGGCAACUGUGGAGUUGUUAAACAGAUGCAAUAUGAAGAUACCAUUAAAUGCCUCCAUUUGUAUUCAAGACUCCAUUGUUAGCCGCGGAACUUGGAUUCAGUAACAUUUAAUGGGACUUUAAAACGUUACUGACAACAAGUACCACUGGUUUAAUAGAUUGUUUUGUUUAUAAGUAUAAUAGUUGCAUUAAACUAAUAAAUACAAAACAUUCACAUGCUAGUAAAAGAUGACGUGUUUCAAAUGCAUGAACGAAAAUACUUAACAGAACGCAUAUUUGUAUCGUACCAGCUAGACGUAUAUGAAAGGUGUUUAAUGUCGAUGUAAAACCUCAAGGAAAAUGAAUUUAGAGAAUCUCUAUAUUCUUCAAAUUGAUGUUAUUUGGUAAGAAUUAAUUAUUUCGGAAGGCUUAUCUGAAAGGUACAUCAAUACAGGCACGUGGACGACUGUCUCUGCAUCACCUCGUCUUAUUUUUCAACGUUACGGCGCCACAAACGUUUCCGGACGUGACGUAGACGCUAUUGCCAGAUGGCAUUCAGUCUUGGAUACACAUCCCUAUGUGACAAAAACAUUCAGCGGAUAUAUACCAUUAGAUCGUUGAAACCUCCUGCUCGACGAAAGCCAAGGGAGUACAAGCCAGAAUUCAUAGAAGACAUCGACCGAAGGCGGCGGGAUAAGAUGAGGAACAAGCCCUUCAUGGAGUUCGUGGCAAAACACGGUGUCGACCUGCCCAAGGCUCCGGCGUUCCGGGUGGUUGCAUCGGAGGAGGUGGAUCAUAUAGUGGACAGACUGACCAUGAAGCCUUCCAAACGAUUCCCGCAUUUCCAGUACAACAAACGUGAUGGAGGUUACAACGACUGGAGAACGGCACACGAGGAAAAAAUCAGAAGACUUCGCGAAACGUUGCACAUGUUUGGUGGCGGUAAAGAAACUCAACCGGAAGAGAUUGAAGAAGAACCCAAAGUUACAAAAACUAAAAAGGAAAAGAAACGAAAGAAAACAUACAAGGAACACGUAGAUGAUGAGAUAGACACGAAGAAGAACGGGCAUUUGCCUGGAAUAAAUUAAUUAGUGCUGUUAUAUAAUUUCGAUAUCAGUGUUUGUGUUCUAAACAAUUGUAACAAUAAAUCAUGCAUGCAUAAUUCCAUAUCAUGUAUGUUGAUGUAUCUAUUGUGCAUGCAGUUUAUUAUAUAACUGAAACUGGUUUGUACAUUAACAUCAUAAUUAAGGUAUUGCGUUAACCUUUAUGGUUAUUGGCAACAUAUGUUGGAAAUAUAUAGACCAUCGGAACAAUUGUAGGAUUACCGGUAACUGUACGAUAUGCACGGAUGAGCUAAGAUAAGCUUGCUAAUGCCAGUUUAAGCGUUAUUCAAAGUAAAUUACGCCAGUUUUACAUGCAU